AUCUGUGACCGUAUCUAAUACUUCGUAGAGUGUAUAUGUGUAAUAUUUUAAUAUGGCAAAGAAUAGAAUGAUAUAUUUACUAUUAACAAUUGCAUCAAUAACGCAAUUGGGACUGACAGCUGUGAGAAAAGGGAAACCGAAUCAGAUAGCAUCCCUACUCCGAAGUAUAUUGUCCCCGACAAGCAGCAGCAAUGCGAUGGAUAUAUUACAAAUGGCGGCAAUUGGAACGCCAGAAGUGGUCAUGCCAAAAGCAGCCCGCCAGUUGCCAGUUAGGUCGUUGACCGAAGCAAAGAGAGUACACGUCCCCCAACAAGUUAUUGGCCAACCGAUUAUACAAGAAGUAGCCAUGCCAAUGCCAGUCGCGCCAUGUUUGUCGCCAAUGCAAGAAGUUUAUUCCAUGCCAGCUGUACCUUAUCCGGUGCAAAUGGUACAAAAUAAGGUAUACCCUUACGCAUUCCCGUCGCCGUGUUCGUGCCCCUCCCCUGCGCCGCUGGUGAAUCCUUUCUUGCCGGCAGCAAGUCCUGUGUCGGCGUUAGCGCCGCCAACGUCAAACAUGUUACCACCAAUUAAUCCAACCCAAGUGCGAAGUCACUUCUUAAGAAAAAUACCUAUUCCACCUCCCUCCUUGUAGUUUAUUAUUAUUUGUAUAACAAAUAUUGUAAUAAAGUAAUAUUUAUAUUU